AAUAUGACCCGUUCUAACGUUUGAAAAAAACCAACACAGUUGCCAAUGCCCAAAGUUUUUCAAAUUCAAAUUUCUGUUGAUACCAUCAAUGGCCUUUUUGGCUACAAACACAAGAUAAAGCAAUAUCCAACCACUACACUGCCCUUUCCUUUAAAGCACAAAUAAAGUACUCCACAACACAACAAAAAAAUUCUAGAAUCCUAUUUAUAUAACCUGUUAUUCUGCUGUUUAACAAAUUCGGUUCCAAAAUGUCUAGUUUCAAGAAAACUACAAACCCACUUCGUUCUUCAAAUUCAUAUAAUUCCCUUUAUGAUAAUCCCUUGAAUGAGCUUAGACAAAACCGUAGCAGUAGCAAUGGUAGUAGCACUAUAGGAGAAACACUUGGCGUUCAUUUGCUUCAGAACCAACUAGUUAUCUCUGACAAUGGUAGUAGCACUAUAGGAGAAACACUUGGCGUUCAUUUGCUUCAGAACCAACUAGUUAUCUCUGACAACAAAGAGAAUGCUGCACCAAAUAAACCUGAAAAAUCCAAUCUUUCUGAUAAAGACUGGACUAGUAAGGUUGUGAAUAACGAUUUUUCAGUCCCCAGGGGUGAGGUGAAGCCAACUUCACUUUUAUGCAUAAAAAAAAAUGAACCAGAAUCUAAGAUUGGGUUGAAAAUUUGGGAACAUUCGGAUACAGGGACGCCGAAUUCGGGUAAUAUUUGGGAUUAUUCUGAUUCUGAGGCUGCUCCAGCUUCUUCUUGGUCUACACUUCCUAAUAGGUCAUUGUUGUACCGGCCUUUGCCUAUGGAUAUUGGAAGAUGUACUUGUGUGAUAGUGAAGGAAGCAUCUCCAGAAAGCCGGGAUACAGGGACUUUUUACUCACUUUAUACAAAUGAGGGGCAGGGACGUCAAAAUCGGAAACUUGCCAUAGCCCAUCACAGAAGACGUGGUGGAAAAUCUGAGUUUGUAGUUGCUCAAAAUACAAAGGGAAUAUGGGGAAAAUCUGAUGAUAGUUUGAUUGGAUAUGUAACUGCUAAUCUUCUGGGAUCAAAAUACCACAUAUGGGACCAGGGCCGUCGUAAUUCGACAACCAAACAAUCAAAAUUGCUGGGCGUUGUAACAUUCAUGCCUACCAUCGCAACUUGGACUGGGAGCUACAGAAGGAUGAAAGCAUGCAUACCAAAACACCAGUCCAUGCAGUUAAAAAGUACAGCUCAGCACAUCAAUGGACUACCUGCGGACUGGGAGGAGCAUAUGGACAAAGUGAAUCAGUUGUUUUCAAAGAUUCCUCAUUACAAUAAGGUCUCAAGACAGAAUGAGUUAGAUUUUAGAGAUAGAGGAAGGGCCGGACUCAGAAUCCAGAGCUCCGUUAAGAAUUUUCAGCUUACUAUGGAGAGGAAUGGAAGGCAGACAAUACUACAACUUGGUAGAGUUGGAAAAGCUAAGUAUGUGAUGGACUACAGCAGGUACCCGUUGACAGGUUAUCAAGCGUUUUGCAUAUGUUUGGCUUCUAUUGAUUCAAAGCUGUGCUGCACACUGUAAAUGGAAUCUCCAGAACGUUUUGUUGUUCAACCUCUGAACAACAAGUCACUGAUUUGACUUAAGUGCAGUUCUGCAAUUUUUUCUCUAAGGUGUCACGUGAAUUUGGAAUAGGGAUGUUGUUGAAGGAGAUAAUAGUAUCUCUCUAUUCAUGUGUCCUGCUUGUUGAAACUUCUACAUGCACUUGGUGGAAUAUUUUGUACAAUUUCUGGCUAAUGAAAUUUAACGGUUGGUAAUG